AUGUCAAAUUAUACUGAAUUAGAUUUAGUAAGUAAAAUAAGCAAAGAUAGUUCAAGAGCAGCGUGUAAAAAGUGUGGAUAUGCAGGACAUUUAACUUUUCAGUGUAGAAACUUUAUCAAAGUAGAUCCCAAUAAAGAAAUUGUUUUAGAUGUAAGCAGCACGAGUAGUGAUAGUGAAGAAGAAUAUGCCACUCCUUUACAAACUUUGCGAGAAGCCGAAUUAAGACAGAAAUUACAAGAAAAAAUGAAGAAAGUAAAAGAAAAAAAGAAAAGCAAAAAGAGAAAGAGAUCAAGAUCAUCAAGUACCUCAUCGACGAGCAGUAGCAGUACUACUUCAUCAGACGCCAGCAGUGAUUCAGAUAGAAAAAAGAAAAAGCACAAGAAAAAGUCUAAAAAAUCAAAGAAAUCUAAAAAGGAACAUAAAAAAAGCAAAAAA